GGCUCCUGGCGCUCUGGCCUGCCAGGUUCUGUGCUAGGUCAAUGGCAGUUCUUCCUUAGGUACGGCUCUUUCUUCCGAGGUACAUGCUCUGGUGCCUGAGAGAGCUGCGUGAUGGAACCUCCCCGGUGUUGCUGAGACCUGGCCGAGCAGCGCUCUGAGCCAGCCAUUAUGCGGCCACUGCUUAUGCGGUCACCACAGAGCUUUCCAGGACCGUGCUGCAGUUCCUCAUUGAAAUUCAGGAGGCAGCCCUCCUUCCCCCACUGAAGUGCAGUUUUCUUUUCUUGGGCUUUUGUUCUGUCUGUGAAUAGUUCUUGCUGGGAGCCCAAGGCAGGCUGACUGGCUAACAGCAAGCAAGCCCCUCACCUACAGACCAGCACUCCUGAUGCCCAGAACCCCCGCAGGCUCCAUGACCCGGGAGGAGCCGUGCAGGGAGGAGCUGGGAAGGCCAGGGGCAGGGAGCGCCACACCAGAGGGCAUGCCCUGCGACCUCCAGCUGUCAACAAGCCUGCCCCUCUGCUUCAGUCACAAGACCUGGGUCUUCUCUGUGCUGAUGGGGAGCUGCCUGUUGGUGACAUCGGGGUUCUCGCUCUACCUGGGGAAUGUGUUUCCUUCUGAAAUGGAUUACUUGCGCUGUGCUGCAGGCUCGUGCAUCCCGUCAGCCGUCGCGAGCUUUGCCAUUUCCAGGAGGACCACUGAGGUGAUUCCCAACUUUCAGAUAUUGUUUGUUUCCACAUUUGCUGUCACCACCACGUGUUUAAUCUGGUUUGGAUGCAAACUUGUCCUGAGCCCAUCAGCAACAGACAUAAAUUUCAAUCUGGUUCUGCUCCUUCUGCUGGAGCUUCUGAUGGCAGCCACGGUGAUCAUCUCCGCACGGUCCGGCGAGGCAUCCUGCAAGCAGAAGGGUUUCAUCUCUGAAAGCUCCAACAUUUUGUACGAAGUGCGGUUUCCUGCUCGGGUCCUGAAAUCCUACUCAGCCAUCGAAGUGACCGCUGGCGUCUCUGCGGUCCUGGGCGGGGCCAUUGCUCUGAGCCUGGACGACGCAGCCUCCCGUCCUUACUUCUCGGUGACAUUCUUUUGGAUUUUAGUGGCUUGCUUCCCAAGUGCCAUCGCCAGUCAUGUGGCAGCAGAGUGCCCCAGCCCGCAGCUGGUGGAGGUGCUCAUUGCCAUCUGCAGCCUCACAGCCCCGCUGCUCUUCACCGCCUCUGGAUACCUGUCGUUCAGUGUGCCGAAAAUCAUGGAGGUCUUCAGGGACUACCCACCCUCCAUCAAGCCCUCUGAUGCGCUGGCGCUGCUUCUCAUGUUCGAGCUGCUCCUGCAGGCGAGCCUCAACACCGGCACCGUCAUCCAGUGCGCGGGCUUCAAGGCGGGCACGCACGGCGCCGUGCACACAGGGCAGCGGGAGUGCCCCGCGGGGGAGGUGGCCAGCAGCCCCCCGAAGGAGUUUGACAAGGAGAAAGCAUGGCGGGCUGUCGUGGUGCAGAUGGCCCAGUGACCCCGGGAGGGGAGACCCGUCACGAGUCUCUGGGGCGCCAGCCCCUUGUGCUAACACAUUCUAACUUGCUUUCUGAGAGGGCAGCUGGCUGCAGGGCGGAGCUCUCAUUUUUGGUGGUAGUUUGACGUGAAACAGGCAAAUGGUGACUCUGUGCUUCCUGGGCUGAGACACAAGUGGUGGCCCUGGACCCCAGCUGAGGAAGGGGUUCGGGCUGUGGCUGGGCCCUCCAGGGUCUCAGGUCGCUGCCGCCCUGUCUGCUGCCCCCACACCACACCAGCUUCCCUGACCCUUUGGUCGAGCACCCACUGUGUGCAGACAGCACGUGGGCUGAGCUCGUCCCGCAUGGUCUCGCCCGCUCCAGGGUGCUGUUCUGUGCCCAGGCACAGCCCAGCCUGCAAGCACCGCUUCUUGACGGAAGCAGAGCCUGGAGCACCUGCCCCUCUCAAGGCCAGGGCAGCCACCCCUCCCCAGGCUGGCACAGGGCAGCCCCCACACCCACUGCCUGUCCACAUGAAAGCCCGGUGCCUGACUUCCUGCCCUCUGCCUGCACUUAAACCCAGCCAUUCCAGAAGGUUCCUGCCUGCCCAGUGGUGAAGUCCCUGUCCUGAGGUCGUGCGCAGCCUGUGGACGCCCAGCUCCCCAGAGGCUCAGCCACUAAACCCUCUGCCGACACCCACACUACGGCUGACCCACACUGCGAGUGGCAGCUCAGUGUUCUUUGGGGUGGGGCUGUGUCCAAAGGCCUGAAAACUGACAGGGCCACAUCUCUGUCUUGAUGGCUUUGGUGACCCAGCUGAGGCCCCUCCUCCUGCCUUGUCAGUUCUGCUCCCAUUCCCAUUACCCUGCUCGGAAUGCAAGACACCCCUGCAGGGAUCCUCGCGGGGCUGCCACUGGGCAUUCCCUGCCUUCUCCAUCCCUUAGUAAGUAGUGUGUUUUGAUCCUCACUCACCAGAGGUCUAGCCCAGGGCUGGGGGUCUCCUGUGUCUUGGGUCACCCCCAAAAAGGUGCAGGGACAGUCUGGGUGUGAGAAUAACAUUUACUUCAGUUAAAAUCAUGCCUGAGAGUCAGUGUGCUAUCCCCUUGUCCCGAGUACACCUGGAAUCUUCUAGAAUUGUUAGUUCCUCUCAAUUGACACGGGCACCAGGAAAUUCCCACGAGUGAGCGCCUUCUCAAAGUGGAAAUGUUAAUUGUCUUAGGAAUUGUUUCUGGACAGGUUCUUUCAUUCAGAAGGCUGCAUACUUAAUAGGUUUUGUCUCUUUUCUUCCAGUAUGAGGAGAUUAGUGCCCUGUGCUGGAGAUGCUAAUGUUUGCUCUUUGCUAAGUUGAGGCACAUUAAUGUGCCCCAGGAGAUGAGGGCUGGCUGGGACUGGCCAGUGAGACCUGGCACACCUGUGAGGGGAAUUUGGGGAUCCACCCUGAUUUUUCACCUCUGAGCACAAGUGACUGGCUGCUAGAGUGUCCUCACAGUAUUCAGGACAAGUUGGGCCAUUUUCAAUCAAACAGGAGUGCAGGUAAGGCAACUGGAACUUGGAGAGUGCUGUCCUAGGAAGUGUGGUCCUCAGCCCUGGCUGGCUGCUGGGUGAAGGGGCGAGACAGCCCCUUUCACGCUCCAGGGCAGCUCCAAGGGACAAGGAGAGAGCUGGGGGCCAGGCAGGCUAAUGCCUUGGCCACAUUCCCAUGUGAGCAUGAGCACAUGAGGCGGCUCUUUCCUGCAGACCUCCUGCUGUAGCUAGGCUGCCUGCUCUUCCGGAAGCUCCCAGGCAAGGAGGCCAGGUAGGGUCUUCUCUGGAGCCGGGACAGGGUCCCAGGGACUGCACAGGUGAUGCUGGCAACUUCUGCGGGGUCUAGAAAGCCUGAGUCUUAGAGCUGGCAUAGAGUAGGCACCUGGGGAUUUAAUACAAGCUUGCACUUACUUAUUUCAAAGAGAGUUUGAAAAAUGCAGACAAAUGGGGUUUUAAAAUUGAUACUUGUGUUUCUAUUUACAUUUUUGUUUAAUACGGUUUAAUAUUGCCUAAUAAACGCUAACAUGUAAAUA